AUGAUCGCCCCGCCGCCGACCUCACCCGCGGUCGGUCGUAACUCAAGGAACAAUGGAAGCACGGCCGCGUACAGAAAUAGCCGCGGAAAGCAAACAGCGUGGCCCGAGCCGGUCUGCGAACGCUCUUUGUUUGCGUUACAACGCCGCGGGGGGACGGCCGAGGGGGGUACGGGUACGUACUUGCAGCGUAAUGCCGCUGCACUUGCCCUGGUCAGGAAGCGCGGCGGAAUGCAGUCAGUCGCGUUUGUAGAGCCGCGUGGGGAGCCGGCCGAAGGGUGCUUCCGAGUUUAUUCCGGCUGUAAAAUAUCGAGUAGUGCGUCGGGGCCGCGUCCCCAGGUGUUGGCUCAAACGGCGCAAGUUUCGCUAAUGUGCGGCUUAAACGAUGACAGUGUUGCGGCGCACCGCCCUGCCUGCGUUAGCAAAGUGCGGUAUGCUUGGCGACACGUCUGCUCGCCCACAUCGGCAGGAGUUGGUGUUUCCGUUCCGCUCAGAAUGGAAUUUUUA